AUGGGGGAACAAAAACCGCCAGAAGUGCCGGACGAUGGGAAGGAGGACACGGCCCGUGAGGUGGGCUUCGACCUGGACACCGAGGCCCAGGCGGUCCCGCAGAAGGAGGAUGGGCCCGAGGGAGAGUCCGACCAGAAGAGGGACGAGGACGAACUGGACCGCGAGCAGGGGGAGGUGGACCUGAACGACGGCGGCAAGCUGGACGAGAAGAUGUGGAACGGGAAGGACGACGAGGCGGACGAGCAGAAGGACGGCCAGGAGGAGCAGAAGGGCCAGGAGGAGAACAUCGAGGCCCACGGCGCCAAGGGGGAGGGCGAGGCAGACACCACCGCCAAGGACGAGGACGGGGGCGAGGACGCCGAAGAGGACCGCCAGCAGGGCAAGAAGGACAAGGAGGACCACCAGCAGGGCAAGCAGGAGGAGAAGGCCGAGGCGGAGGCCGAGGCGGAGGCCGAGAAGGCCGAGCCGGAGGGGGGGCAGAAGGACAAGGACUGGGACCCCGAGGGCGAGGGCCAGUUCGACGUCAACAUGCAGCCGGAGGGCCCGGGCGCGGAGGACGACGCGGCGGAGGGCGCGGGCGAGGGCGACGCGGACUCGGACUUCAUGCCGGACGGCGCCGAGGGCGAGGCGAGCGGCGCGGGCAGCGCGGACGAGGCCGCCGGCGAGGAGGGGGCGGAGGCCUCGGGCGCCGAGGGCGGCGAGCCCGAGGACGUGGCCGACCUGGACGGGGGCAAGGCGCCCUUCGAGCCGCCGGAGGACGAGGCCGCGGCCGAGGAUCGAGCCGGGGGAGAACGACGUCGCGGCGUGCGCGGAGGGCGAGGAGGCGCAGCCGGCGGAGGCGGCGAAGGAGGAGGGCGCCCCGAACGCCGGGCAGGAGGAGAGGACCUCUGGGCAGGGGCGGGCGGAGGAGCCGCCGGGCGAAGCGCAGCAGGUGGAGAAGGCGGACGGCCCGGACACCGGCGCGCAGGAGCAGGCGGCGGACGAUAA